AUGAACCUGAUGACGGUACUUGGACGUGGACUCGUCGCUCGCGCGGCUGCGCGUGGUAGUCAGCGCACGCUCGUCGCAGUGUGUGCUUUGCCGACGCCUCCAGUUGUCUCGCAGCGUCUCUCGUUCUCGUCAGCGCGCAAGGACGACGAGACGCACUCGGACUUCCAGCCGCAGUAUCACGCGGCCAAGUCGAAUGACAAGGACGAAGUCCUGAAGAUGAUUGAGAAGCACGUGCAGACGUACCCUGUGAUGUUGUAUAUGAAGGGGACGCCUUCCGCUCCGCAGUGUGGCUUCAGCAUGCAGGUCGUGCGUCUUCUGCACGCGCAGGGCGUGAGCUUUGACAGUGUCAAUGUCUUGGAUCACCCGGAGAUCCGAGACGGCGUCAAGGCGUUUUCCCAAUGGCCGACGAUCCCUCAGCUCUAUGUGAAGGGCGAGUUCGUGGGUGGGUGCGACAUUAUCACGGACAUGAGCAAGUCGGGCGAGUUGGCUGAGCUGCUGGCGGAAUUCAAGAAGGAAGCGUGA